AUGCAACAUUUGUUGGAUCGGCUAGAAAAGUACCACUACGUUCAUUGGACCCGUGGGAACGAGACUGAGAAUGUCACGGAGUUAUUUUGGUCUCCUCCAUCUGCCGGGGAGACGUUACGUGCUUUUUCCCACGUUUUAAUGAUGGAUUGCACAUACAAGACGAAUAAGUACAAGUUUCCUUUGCUUCAAAUUGUUGGUGUAACAUCGACGGAGAUGACUUUUUGUGCAGCAUUUGCUUUCAUGGAGUGUGAAAAAACGGAAAACUACACUGGGGUCUUGGAGAAGCUAAAAGGCAUGAUGGAUCCCAACGCGCUUCCGUCCGUUAUUGUCACAAAUAGAGAGUUGGCGCUUAUGAAUGCCAUCGCACAUGUUUUCCCUCAAGCUACCAACCUCUUAUGUAGGUGGCAUAUUGGCAAGAACGUAUUAGCCAAGUGUAGAAAGAUGUUUGAUGACAAGAUGUGGGAGGAAUUUAUUUGCAGUUGGGGCCUAGUCGUCCUUUCAUCGGGUGUUGCACAGUAUGAGGAGCGCCUUUGUGUUUUGAGGCGUAAUUUUGAAAUGGUUCCUCCAGCACUUAAGUACGUCGAGAAAAAUUGGUUGGUACCCUACAAAGAGAGGUUUGUAGGAGCUUGGACGGACAAAGUCAUGCAUUUCGAAAACCUAACAAGUAACAGGGCGGAGAGUUCACAUUUGAAGCUAAAAAAUCAUCUUGAAAGCUCGCAAUGCAAUUUUGAUACUAUAUGGGAGAAGAUUCACAGAUUGAUGCUGUUACAAGUUACUGAAGUCAAAGCUUCGUUUGAGAAGAGCCUUAAUUCUGUGCAACAUGAUUUUAGGACAACUCUAUUUGAUAGGCUAAGGGGAGUUGUUUCGUCAAAUGCCAUGACACUUGUUUUAGUGGCAUCCUAUCAAGUCGAAUGGUUUGUGGAAUCGAAGCGUCAAUGCGAGUGUUCUUUGAGGCACACCCAUGGUUUACCUUGCGCUCAUGAGAUUGCUCCUUACAAGAUGGCAAAUAUCCCUCUACCGAUUGAGUUAAUCUACGACCAUUGGAAGAGGAUUUCUUUGCUUGCACCCCAGAAUGAGGGUUCGAUGGAGGAGACGCUUUUGGCUCACUUUGAUUAUUUUUACAACAAGUUCUUGAAUGAAGAUCAAUUUGAUGUAAAGCUAAAUUAUGUUAAGAAAAUGCAAGAGCUUGCUCAUCCGAAAACCAAUACUCUCCUUGAACCCAAAGUGAAUGCACAACCACGCGGUCGGAAGUCAACGAAAGAAAAAAAUGCAGCCAAAGAACAAAAUUCGACGCGUAGGGAUCCCUCGGAAUUUGAGCAUGUUCUGGCAUUCCUUCAAACCCCUAAGCCUGUCAAAGAGAAACCGCGGUGUAAUCUGAAAGGGAAAGCAAAAGUUCUAGCACAACUUUUUAUAUGCCCCUUCAUCAAUCAGUUCCCAGAAGCAAUAAGACCUUACAUAGAAUCGGUCAAGGAUGUUGAAGAUGAUGGGAAUUGUGGGUUUUGA